AUGGGACAGAGUCUCCGUGUGGAGACCCCAGUUCAGGAACCACAACAACACAACAAUGGCGAUGAUGAAGGUGAGCAGCACCACAGCACGAGUGUGGGAGAGGCGAGCAGCACUGGAGACAGCACCCCUCCCCCAAAACGUAAGGGCAAGUUCUCUAGUCUUGGCAAGAUUUUCAAGCCGUGGAAGUGGCGGAAGAAGAAAAGCAGUGAGAAGUUCAAGGAAGCGUCAGAAGAACUGGAGAGAAGGAUGUCAACGAGGCGUACGCGGCAAGAGCUUAUAGACCAGGGAGUGCUAAAAGAAGUUCCAGACAAUGAUGCAGAUGGAGCUGCACACAGCCUGAAGCAUCCCUAUGUGAAAAAUGGGCACACUCUGCCUGUGAGCGGUGGAGGAGGGGUCAGUGCUGGAAGGAGCCACCAGGGCAGAACGUCCUCUGAUUCAGACUUUAGGAUAAACCCUACUUGGCUCGCCCAUUCAGACGACCAUAGGGGCCGAUCUCCCUCAGAUAGAGAACGUCGAAGAGUUCCGGGCUCCAGGGGUUCCGGAGCCCCGGAGGAAGAGCAGAGAGGAAGUGGGGUGAUCGUGUCCCGUGGGCAUGGAGAGACUGAGUGGAAAACUAACACAUCGUGGCAUGGGCACAAUCAGAUGGAUGAAGGCAGAAGUGGAGGUCAGUUUCACCCUGAAGAUGGACAGAGGAGGCCCGGGCUCCAGAAAGCACCCUCAGAGGAUAUUAGGAGAAGUAGACAGUCUGACGCGGAUUGGAAACCUACACUCCCCCGUCAUGCAUCUGCUGAAGAGGGAAGGGCCCGGAGAGAGUCGGACAGCCAUUUUGUGUCUGACCCUGAAGCACUGAAGGACACCCUUCGUGAACCUCUGCCGCCUAAACAGUCCGUCAUGCCUCCAAAAUGGUUGAUAAGCUCUACGCCUGAACCAGGCAGCGUCUCAUUGAACCAGGCCUCGGCCCAAUACCCGUCCCUCCCUUCCUCCUCGAGUACUGCUCCGAAACCUACAAGGAACGUCUCCUCUGCUGGUGCAAACACUCAGCAGUCUUCAUCUGCCGCUUCAUCGUCCGUCACUCAGGCUAACAAGCAGCCACCUCUUCCUCCGCCCAAGCCAGUGAACAGGGGCAACCCCGGCAUGCUAGUCUCCGCCCUGCAGGGUGGAGCGCACGCACAGCUUCCGCUCUACUGGUCCUGCUGGAAGCGAGAGUGCGAGUAUGAUGUCUAUCUGUCACUGCCUGUCUACCUGUGCCGGCGGGCUGGAGGCCUGCGCUCAGGAGACCUCACCCAAACUGCCGCGGGGGCUAGUCUUGUCCCAGCGAAACCCUCUCCUCCAAUGCCCCCAAAGAGAACCACCCCGGUCACCAAGCGUAACUCCGAAGACUCCUCUGGUUCAAGCCAUCCUAUGACGCCUUCGCCACUUUCACUUGAGGACCACAGCUCUGUGAGCUUUCAGCUGCCUCCUCCUCCCCCAUCUCCUCCACUUCCCUCACAUAUUCCGCCUUCUCCACCCCGACAGCAAAUACACCCCCAACACCUUCACCAUCAGCACUCUUACCCGCAUCCACUACCGCAACCUAUCCCAAUCUUGUUUGAUCCCCCAAGCCCUGUCAGUGAGUCCCCCCAGCGCCCAGCUCCUGUCCCACUGCACAUCAUGAUCCAGCGAGCUCUGUCCAGUCCUGGCCCUAUUCAACCCAACCCAGAUGGGUCACAACGUGCUCACACAUUGCUGUUUGAAACACCUCCAGACUACCAAGCAGAUCGAGGUCGCCCCCUUCCUGUCAGCAUUCAACCCCUAAAACUAUCUGAAGAUGACUACUCUGAAGAAGAGGAGGAAGAAGAAGAGGACGAUGAUGAUGAAGAAGAGGAGGAGUACGAUGGAGAGAUUCCCCAGCCAAAGCUACAGCCACGGAGUCGCCGCGGCUUGGUUGUUGAUGCUAGCAUUUGCGUCAUUCCUAGUGAAGAAAACAGUGAGGAGGAGGAGGAAGAGCAUGACGACGAGGAUGAGGAGCAUGGAAUAUGCAGAGAAGACAGUGAUUCUGAUGGUCCUGUGCUUUUUAAAAAGGAAGAUGAGGAUGAGGAGGAAGAGCCCCCACUGAGUGCCCUGGCCAGCAAAGUGAAAAGGAAAGACACCCUGGCUCUAAAGUUAAACAGCCGUCCCUCUGCACCCGACAGGGACAGAUUUGUACAGGAGCGGAGCACCAGAGAUGACCAGCCACUAGGACAGGCUGGCCUCACCUGGCAGAGCAGGGAGCAAUGGGAGGCUAUACGCACACAGAUUGGAUCUGCGCUUACAAGACGUCUUAGCCAGAGACCCACUGCUGAGGAGCUUGAGCAACGAAACAUCCUUCAACCCAAAAAUCAGGCUGACAGACAAGCAGAGGUUAGAGAGAUUAAGCGAAGACUGACCAGAAAGCUGAGUCAAAGACCAACAGUUGCAGAACUCCAGGCCAGAAAAAUCUUGCGAUUCCACGAGUACGUUGAAGUCACUGAUGCCCAAGACUACGAUCGUAGGGCGGACAAGCCAUGGACCAAGCUGACACCUGCUGACAAGGCAGCCAUCCGGAAAGAGCUUAAUGAUUAUAAAAGCACUGAAAUGGAGGUUCACGAAGAAAGCAGAAUUUACACAAGGUUUCACCGGCCUUAA